UCCGCUCACUCCUCAAUCGAUUUUCUUACACACUUGAAAAAGCUACCAUCUUGGCAUGGUGUGAAAAUUGUGCAGUUCCCCAUCGAACACAGGAAAAAGUCGGCGAAUUUGGUGGCUCCGGUCGAAUGAACGACACUAAAAUUCGCACAACAGUGUGGUGCUAGUUUUUUCGCCGGAAGAGAAAAUGAAUUGUUCCGAUAGUUGCUGUUGAGGAGGAUUUCCGCGUUCCAAGCAGAUUCAGAGCCGAGCAAAUAGCACGAAAAUAAUAGUGGUGGGCGACCACUUUUGUCCUGCAAUUAGCUAAAGUUCUCCGAAGGGCAGCGGCAGCGAAUUUGUGCGUGCCUUCUGCAGCGAAAAAAACCAAGAUGGCUCCAGGCAUUAAAAAAUGGAAGAGAGAGGCUGAGCCUGAAACUGAUGUAGCGGAAUUGGAAGAGUCUACAACCAGUGCGGCGAAGCACUUCAGUAACAAUUUCCGUCAUAAACAUUUGACGACGACGGCACAAACGGAAGUGGAUACAGUGGAGAAUGAAGAUUUCCUGAGCACCGCGUCGCCGACCAAGGACGAGGCAGAACCGAUCGGCGAUAAGGCGGUGAAGAUGACCGAGGCGAUAGCGCACGGGAUGGGCAUUCCGACGUGGGGCCUCGUGUCCAUCAUCGUGGUCGUCGUCCUGAUCAUCCUUGGCAUCUGCGGCUUCUGCAUUCGGCGCUGCUUCCGCAAGAGGCGCUCCAAAGACGGAAAGAAGGGCAUGAAAGGAGUCGAUCUGAAAUCGGUACAAUUAUUAGGUUCAGCAUACAAAGAAAAGGUUCAACCCGAUAUGGAAGAACUGACCGAAAAUGCCGAAGAGAACGACGAGGGGGAGAGCAAGCAGAGCGAGCAAAAACUGGGAAAAUUGCAGUAUAAGCUUGAGUACGAUUUCAACGCAAACGCCCUGACCGUAACCGUAAUCCAGGCGGAAGAAUUGCCAGCUCUCGACAUGGGAGGCACAUCCGAUCCCUACGUUAAAGUAUAUCUAUUGCCCGAUAAAAAGAAAAAGUUUGAAACUAAAGUCCACAGGAAAACUCUAAAUCCGGUAUUUAACGAAUCGUUCACGUUCAAGAGCCUUCCGUAUGCCGAGGCAAUGAACAAGACGCUGGUCUUCGCUAUAUUCGAUUUCGAUCGAUUCUCGAAGCACGACCAAAUCGGUGAAGUGAAGGUUCCCCUCUGUCAGAUCGAUUUGGCCCAAACGAUCGAGGAAUGGCGAGAACUACAAAGCGUCGAAGGCGAAGGCGGUCAGGAAAACAAGCUCGGAGACAUCUGCUUCUCGCUGCGUUACGUACCCACUGCAGGUAAAUUAACCGUCGUGAUCCUGGAGGCGAAGAACCUGAAGAAGAUGGACGUCGGUGGAUUAUCAGAUCCCUACGUUAAGAUUGCACUGAUGCAGAAUGGAAAGCGUUUGAAAAAGAAAAAGACUAGUAUCAAAAAAUGUACACUAAACCCCUACUACAAUGAGUCGUUCUCAUUCGAAGUUCCUUUCGAACAAAUACAAAAAGUGAAUCUAGUGGUUACCGUGGUGGAUUACGAUCGCAUCGGCACGUCGGAACCCAUUGGCAAGGUCGUCCUCGGCUACAAUGCAAGCGGCACCGAGUUGCGCCACUGGUCCGAUAUGCUCGCCUCGCCUAGGCGCCCGAUCGCACAAUGGCACACGCUAAAGGAUCCGGAGGAUGACAAGAAGGAUUAAGGUGGUUGGGGUGUGACGACCAACGGACCACAGCAUGAGGCAUGUGGACGAUGAGGAGUGACAAAAUAAGAAGAAAAAAAAUAACGAAAAUCGAAAACCCGUGAGACUAGACACAAUUUAAGUCAAGUAAAGCAAAAAAAAAACAGAGCUAAUGUAGACGGAAAAUGGGGAUCGAAUGAACUCUCGAAAGGUGAAAACAUUGAAAAAUAUAAUAGAGCAAAGAAAAAGAAGAAAAACGAGAAUUAGCAUAAAACACAAGAUAUAAAACCAAGCUUUUCGAGGAUUGAAACCAUACGGUUAAAAAAAUACGAAGUAGGUGGUUUGUUUUUUUUACCGAAUCGUUUGACGGAAAGUAAUUUGAGCAUAAUAAAGGCAAGCAGACAAACAAACACAGGGAUAUAUAUAUGUCGGAAUGGCCAUUAUGUGCUCGGUUUAUUUCUCGGGAAUAUGUUAUGAGCUCUUUAUUGUGCAAACAGAUUUUGAUUGAAUUUCCAUAAAUAAUUUCACGGUGCUUCCCAGAAUGUUUCUUUAAAAAAUAUUGAUGAAAUUUAAGUGUACCGGUCCAUUCGAUGGAUCAUUGUGAUUCUCUGGCCGAAAUUUGAAAUACAACGUAAGAACCAUUAUUGAGCUACGCUCGGUUGGAAUACUACAUGUUGAAAAUUUAAAAAAAAAGUUUAAAUUCCAGAAGUGGUUUGUUUUGGAAUAACCUACCUUCUCUUCCAUUAGCAGGUAGGUUUCUUUCCAAAUAAUGUCUGAGCUUUCCCAGACACUUCAGGAAUGUUUUUGCAUUCGUCUUCGUACUUAUUUUAAAAUAAUAUCGGCGUACGAACGCGGAAAUACCGUUUUACUGCUUGUGUCUGUAGUAGUGGAACAGGAAAUACGGCACGUAAAAUCACUGGCGAACAUUCAAUAAUGAUCUCUUGUCACUUUCCGUAUUGUAACAGAGAUUAGUCUUCUGCCUUUUUCUAUUCGAAAGGUAAAAUAUGAACACUUUUUCCGAGUAUAUCCGCGAAUAAAUCUUACAUGGCUUGAAGCAUAAAGUAAAACAUCUUGCAACUCACAUGAGAAAAUUUCAUGGUUUAAAGCACGUCGGUGACGUCCAAAUUGAACCUCUAUUCAACUGACAGAAGCCAACAUAUCGGGUUCCCCACUGACAUUUUCCCUUUGUUUUGCUUUGAAUUGGGUUCCCCUUUGACAGUUCUGCUUGAAAUUUUCCUAGCGAUCUAAGCAUCAAUCAUAGCACCCGGCUGGUUUAAAGCACUGAAAAAAUCGGCGCCUACUUUGCUAACUAAGAGAAAAGUGUCGCCUGCUGAGGGUAGCGUUGAAGCCUUGAAGGUUUCUAUUUUAAUUCGCUUCAAAUUUUAGCCUUUAAUUAUUUUUAAUUCCGUUCCGUGGUUUCCAUUAGAAUUGAAACUUAUUUAGAAUGUCUUAUCGUAAACAUUAUUCCAGAACUUUGUUGGCGUAGGACAAUCCUUUGCUAUGGAUUUCACUAUUAUUUUCUAAAAAUUCUAGCAUUUAAGAUUUCAAAAUGGCGUAACUCAAAAAAAGGUUCCUACGGGUUUUUUCUUGCAAAUUUUGGUCAGAAAUGCAGUAUGAUCCAACGUAUCAACUGGUAUACUCAGAGUACACGAGCAUUUGUCAUAUAAUGGCGGUCUGAGGAGCACCAUCGGCUCAGUUUACUUGUGCGUAGCAUUUCGAUAAGUUAGGGAGAACAAUAUUAACCAUUGCAGAGGUAAAAGUAUCACAGCGUGACGGCAUGAAAGAGCACGCAGUGUUCGGCUUAGCGCGACAACGCCUCGUAGGUUAUAUUAGUGGAUGAUUUGGCAUUCUUACCAAUGUAACACAGUAAAUAGGUGUGUAUUAGAAAAUCGUAACUAGGUGAGAUUGGCUUCCGUGGUCGGUUUCGAGUGAAUAUCGUGAAUGGCAAUGGCAAAGAGCUGGACCGCGAUCUCGUUAGCCGUUUUUAAAAGUUGCAUUUAUUACUUACUAUGAACGUUUUUCCAAUUCGGACAAUAUGGUGGAAGUUAGGUAAAAAGGGCAUUCAAAUACUUUUAGCGCAUGUUUUUACUUUUUGCAGCCUAUGUGUAUCGAUAGAAGGGAUGAUUCCUAGAUGUUAAUAUCGAAAAUGAAGCCUUCGGACAUAAAUUCAAUCCUCAUUGAGACCCCAGGUCUACAUUGGAUCGUCAGAAUUGCUGAGCUCUGCUUCCUAAGCGACCACAGGCAUAUUAAUGUAAACAUAGAAUACGAUAAAAAAACAGGAGCUUUAGACUUUUUUGACACCUCACCGAACGAACAUGAUAAGGCUCACAUAUAGACAGAUUUUCACGAGUAGCCGUUUUGUUGUUUAUCACGAUAAUAGCAUUCAAGAAACACCCACACAAAACAGACAUAAGUGAAGAACGAAACCACUGUUAUUGAGGUAUUUUUUCCGUCGGAAGUAAAUAGGUUCACAAAUUCCAUAGAUUACUAUUAAUCAGUUUGAGGAAUAUUAUUAAAAACUGUACUUCUUGUUGAAACAAAAAAGAAAACGAAAAAAGUUAUAAAAAAUGCUAUUUACCGUUAAAUAAGAUGAUCUAUCUAUUGAAUUAUAUAUACAUAUUAUAAAGUUGAUCAAAUUUAAAUACGAAUAUCCCCAUAAGAUACAGUAUUUGUACACUCAGCUAUAUCAGUUCAGAAAUUCUAAUAAGAUUAGCAGCGAUGAAAAAUCUGUAUGAAAAUCUCACAACAGAAACUGAAAGAAAUUUGUAUUUAUAGACAUGUCGAGAAGGAGCUGUUUAUCUGGGACCUCCGGGUGUUGGAUCGGUUUUGUACCGUCGAAAAUGAAGCUUUUUUUUCCAGUACAGAAAACGUCACGAAACAAUGCCCCGGAGGCCCCCAACGUCCUAAACUAUCUCUUUUUAAGACACAAAUAUAAACGCGAUUUACUAGUGAUCAACUUAAUAUCAUACCUACUUGAAGUAGUAUAUCAAGUACUUUCACUGUUAAGACUCAACCUUUCAAUGUAAGCCUGUUCUAAGCCACUAAAACCAAACACUCUUUAUGUUGUUGUAUUACGCUUUGUUGGAGUCUGCCAACGGGAUCUGAUCCAGGAAAAUCUACUAUAACAUUCUUCAGCUGAACGACGAGACGCUGGUCACCGUUUGCUAUACUUAUAUCUGUGGCAGAUGAAUUACUGCAAGCUGGGAAAAGGCAAACUAGAAACAAAAGUAGUUGCUCUGUAUAUAAUUGAAAAUAAUCUAAUCCAAACGAAAGCAACUUAUUUUGAUCCUUCCAUUUGAUAGCGAACGAACGAAUCAGCAACAGCAAAACGUAAGGGUUAAUCAGGCAAUAAAUAAGAGAACAGCGAUUCUUGUUAUAGCGCAAUGCACCUCGUAGACGAGUUAGUUCUGAACUGCACCUCUAGCGAAGAAACGCAAGUAUGAUAACGACUGCUAUUCGAAAUCUAAUUGGUAGCAUUUGGGAAGUAAUCUACAUUCCUCACUUUGUGGUGAAAUGAAAAGCGUUCAGCUGCUUUUAACAAUAAGUAAAAAGGUAGAUGAUUCAUAACCUCUCCCAGAGUGUUUUACCCUUCCGCGAGAUAUGAAUAAAACAAAUGGAACCCUAACGAAUUGCAAUCCUGAAUACAUAUGGCAGAGGCAAAGCGAUUUUAAAGCUGUAACACAAACAAAAAACAUCUCAACGUAAUUGUUUGUACAGAACGGCCGAGAGAUACUUUUAAUUUGCAAUAGGCAAACGACGGUGACAACAAUAAACCCUUUCGGACAGCAAAUAACUAGCGAUAGUGAGAACUGAACGGACUGAAUACUAGAAAGGAAGACCAAGAAACCCGACCGGAGACUUCUUACCAUGCUUUCAUGCGGAAACCAGAAAAAAGGCAAACAUUUAA